ACAGUCGUUUCUGUGGCUCCAAAAAUCACUGAAGAAACAAGAAGAAGGAAAUGGGUCGGAGUCCUCCCAGCUCUCAGGAUGGACUGACUAAGGGUGCAUGGACGGCUAUUGAGGAUAAGAUCCUUAGGGAUUACAUCAAGGUUCAUGGUGAAGGAAAGUGGAGUAAUGUUGCUAAAAAAACAGGUCUUAAGAGGUGUGGAAAGAGCUGUAGGCUUCGGUGGAUGAACUACCUGAGACCUGAUAUAAAGAGGGGCAACAUUUCCCAUGACGAAGAAGAAUUAAUCAUUAGAUUACACAAGCUCUUAGGCAACAGGUAACUUUCUCUUUUGUUCUGUUAGCCAAUUAUGUUUGUUCAUAUAUCAUGAAAGCGGCAGAGAUAAUAUAAAACCCCACAAAU